CAAUGAUAGCAAAUACUGUAUACUUAGGUCGGUCUAUGCACCAGACAAGCAAGAUUAAAAAAAUAAUAAUAAUAAAGACAAUAAAGUAUUAUAAAGUCAAUAUAUAGGAGUCAGACAAGGGAGAUAAGUAGAUUUAUGCCUCAUUUGUCACUCAGUCACUGUCAACAAUAGUGACAUAGUCUACUAUGAAAGAAAAUGAGAAUAUUCGUAUUAAAUGUUCUAAAGUAAUUUUAGUUCCCUACGAAGCCUGUCACGUUCAAAAGGCUGACAUCAUUUAGAAAAUUGUGUGAUUGGUUAAAGACAUACCAAGAGAUAGGUUUUGAAGCUGCUUUGAUUGUGAUGCCAAUGAGAUUACAAGUACCAUGCUUGGAUGGAGUCUGAAGAGCUAAGAGAACUAACAGCAUCAGAACUCCUUCCCCUUGAUGAAGAGUAUGAAAUGCAAAAAAAAUGGAGAUUAGAUAAUGACAAAUGUACAUUUAUUAUACUAGAUAAAAACCUUUAUGAAGGAAGUCAAGGUGAUCAUUGCAGCAGAGAGAUUGAAGCCAUGGUUGGUGAUGUGAAUAUAUUUUUUUCUUCAGACUCACAUGCAGAAGGGGAAGUAGAAAUAAUGAUUGCAGAAUCAUCAGCAAGAGGAAGAGGCUUUGGUAAAGAAGCCUUAUGUUGUAUGAUGAGAUAUGCUCAUGAACAAUUGCACACAUCAUGUUUUAUCAGUAAAAUUGGCUUUGAAAAUGGUGCUAGUUUACAGAUGUUUCAUUCUUUAGGAUUUCAUGAAAUGUCAAGGUCUGACAUUUUUAAAGAAAUAACGUUAUCUUUAGAGGUAUCAAAAAAUAACAGUUUUGAGACAUAUGCUUCAAAUUAUUUGAUAGAAAUCAUUAAAUAGAAAUAUAUGUUUUA